AUGCUUGGAAACAUGCUAAUUGCAGUUAAUCGAUACUCUGCACUGAGCCUGAAAGAGAAGUAUGAGAAGGUUUGGAACAGAAGAAAUGUACGUAUUAUAAUAGGGCUACAAUAUGGCUGUGCCAUUGCAGUUUUCAUUCCACAACUCGGAGCAGAAUACACAUAUCUCCGAAAAGAUGAUGGAGCUUACCUAUUCGUGGGUGUGGAUAGACUUAGCGUUCUGAUUAACGGAGCCACUUACACUGCCACAUGUCUACUUUACGCAGUAGUUAGCGUUACUCUCAACGUCAGAUCGCUUGUCCUUCUACAUGGCUUACUGAAAGCCAGCGAGUUCGCGAGACGUUUCCACAACGAGAGGGGCAUGCUGUUUUAUACGACAAUCGUGUUCCUGUUCACUAUGCUAAUGUGCACACAACAAGUCUUGAGAGAAGUUGCAACCGUGACUGAAAGUGAGGCAUUUCAUUCGUGGAUAACUAUGCAGCUUUAUAAAGUGCUUUAUUACGAGAUCAUGCAACUUAUUACUGUUGUGCAACAUCAGCCAACUUACCUGUUUUAUUGGCUGAAUGAUGUUAUGGUCAGUAUACCGCCGUUCUCUCUGCUGAUGUUCAACAAGGAACUCCGCGGCGACAUACGCAACUUCUUCCAGUGUCGGAGAAAUCAGCGCAGCGCCGUCGCCUUCGCCUCUAGUGAAAAUCGCACCGCUGCUACUGGCUUCAAGAAAUUUUUUACCAUUACCAUUAUACCCGUACGCCGUACCAUUAUACGCUCUACCUAUUGA